AUGCGGAUCGUAAUCGCGCUCUUGGCUUCGAUCUCGUUAUGUAGAGCCUGGCAAUGGAAUGGCGCUGCCUCGACGACUGCUUACACGCUGGUGGCGACGGGUGUCAGUCCUGUUCCUACUAUGGCGCCUUUUAUGCAGGAGCGAGAACUGCCGGGGAACUAUAUUUGCGGGUAUCAAGAUGGCGAGUCUAGAUGUGUGGAUGCUGUGCACACGAAUACGCGAAAAAGUAGUGACGAGUUAUUGUAUACAUGUCCUGGCACUUCGACUUGCGUUGGUUUCUUUUAUCCUGAUUUCUAUUCACAAAUAGGCUGUGCUGAUUAUGGAUUCACUGGAGCGCUGGUUUCUUUAACCUAUAGCGGACAAAAGGAUGACGCGCCCACAGUUCAGCAGAACUUCAUUGGAACGGCAGAAAUGAAGAACGAUAAGAAAACGUCUACUCGAACACGGACAUCAACUGCAAGUGUCACAGAAAUCAGCGCUUCCGUGACCGAAACAUACUCAACUUCGUCUGGUACCUCGAGCUCGUCGUCGUCAGCUGCUGCGACAACAUCAACUAGCAGUGCAUCAAGUUCAACAUCUUCAUCCGCCUCAAACACCACCGAAGCCACACCUGCAAGGUCCGGGACAAGCAAGAAAACCAUCAUCGGAGCAUCAGUUGGCAGUGUAGCAUUUGGUCUUAUUCUCGCUGCGGCUGUGGCCUGGUUAUUGAUUCGAAGAAAGAAGAAAAAUAGUUUCGAGGCAACACCUCAAAAACAUCGAUUGUCUCAAGAACCAAUGAGUUUGUUUCAAAACCCAGCUUCCCACCAUUCCGAAGUCCCACCCCAAUACCGACCUCCUCACCACUCCGAACCCCAACUGCCCUACAUUCCUCCCUCCCAAUCUUUCUCCAACGAUCCCAGCAACCUCCCGCAACGAGUAAAAUCGCCCGCCACAGUCUCAACCGUGUCCUACUCAUCAGUACCACCUGCUAACUCACCGACACCAACUAACAUCUCCUGGGGCCAACCGAUGUCGCCGACAUCAAACCAUAACUCAUGGGUUGGACCACCUAUGUCGCCGAAUCAAAACGGAUGGGUCUCGCCAAAUCAAACCGGAAUGAAUCAAGCUGUACCACCAAAUCCGAAUAGUUGGGUUGCGCCAAAUCCAGAUCGCCAGUCGUAUCAAGCUUAUCAUCCUCCUUCUCCUAUGCCGCCGCAGGGACCGUUGGAGAUGGAUGCUACUUCUUCAAUGAAUGUCCAGGGCAAUACGCAAAAUGCUUCUACGGGUGGGGCGGGCGCUGCAGAGGGUGUACCUUUUGGUUUUAAGUAA